AGUUUUGAAUACCGCAAGGCACGGCUGUAGGCUACAGUGACUGACCUUGUCCCGCGAAGAUGGCGAGUUUCGUCAGGUUAAGUUCUGUGUGUCACCGAGGUGUAAAACCUUUAUUCGCGAGGAACACUUUCUUAGCUCGUGAAUUGUUUGCAUGUCGGACGUUUCGUGAAAAGGAUUCCAUGCAGGUUCAAGUCCAUGCAUCAUCACAUUCAGCUGCAAGCUCCAAGGCAGCUUCCCUGCACUGGACAGGUGAGCGGCUACUGAGUGUGCUUCUGCUGGGUAUGGUACCUGCUGCCUACAUGUACCCAGGUCCAGUAGUGGACUAUACUGUGGCUGCAGCUCUCACUCUUCAUGGCCACUGGGGGAUUGGCCAAAUCCUAACGGACUAUGUUCAUGGUGAGACAAAAAUCAAGCUUGCCAAUGCCGGUUUAUAUACUUUAUCCAUGGUCACCUUUGCUGGGUUGUGCUACUUCAACUACAAAGAUGUGGGGAUCUGUAAAGCCAUAGCCAUGCUGUGGCGCAUCUAGGGCACCUUUAGCCAGAAGUGAUUGUUGACUGUGUCCUCUCUGGACUCACAAAUGUUUCAGCUAAUGUCAUGCACAACUUCUUAUUCAGUCAUCAGUCAUCUUAUUUUCUGUCAGGUGGUGAUUUAGAUGACUAAUUUAUCUGUAUUUGUGUCAUGGGUAUGCAUGCACUAUAGGGCAUCUAAUUUAUUGUAUAAUAUAUUGUCUAUAUAAAAAAACAAAAAUCUGUUUUUUGUUUAUUAUUGUCAUGCACAAACACUUUCUUUGUCUCACAAACACAUGCCUUUAUAGUUGUAUCUCUGUCACAGUUGCCUAAUAAAUGGCUAGCCCAAUACUGGGGUUUUUAAAUCUCCAAAUGGCGAAGCAUUCCAAAACAAUUAGGCUAUAUGAAAUGUAUUGCAUGCUUUCCUUUGUCUUUUUUUUGUCUAUUCACAUGCAAUGUAGUGAACAGAUUUUAAACACUUGGUUCUUUCGGCUCAUACACACAGUUGCGUGCGUUGCAUUGCUGGAGACGCAUCCCGUUCACUUUACAUGGGCUUACGUCAUCCGUUGCCUCAUCAGUUUAUGAAGGGAAUAUGGACUGAUUCAUCGUCCCUCACAUUGCCCAUAAGGGUAGCAUUUAUUAAAAGGGACUUACAAGGAAAUAUCUAAGAACUCAUACUUGACUUAUGCCAUUUAUUUAUUGUCCAAUAAAGCAAAUAAAUAUGUACUUAAAAA